UUCACCUCCCCUCCCGCUCUUCUGCUCAGCCUCUCUCUUCCUGAGCUCACUCUGUCGUUGGCGUUCGCGUUGACUGGCCAGAGUCCGCGAGCUGAACACCCUCUCUUAUUUGAUCCGCCACCUUCCUCUCUUCUCCAUCCAUCUCUAUCCUGCCCUCAGGCCCACCAGCCUCUGGUUCCUCAACCCACUUCCUCGUCUGGUUCUGACCUCUGAUUGGACAUGGCUUACUAUAGCUUCCUGCUGGAACCAAUUAGCUGCCAUGCUUGGAACAAAGAUCGGACCCAGAUCGCCCUGUGCCCCAACAACCAUGACGUUCAUAUCUACAAGAAAGAUGGGGCCAAGUGGACGAAGAUUCACGAGCUGAAGGAGCAUAAUGGGCAGGUCACAGGUAUCGACUGGGCUCCAGACAGCAACCGCAUCGUUACCUGUGGAGCCGACCGGAACGCCUACGUGUGGACCCUGAAGGACGGCGCGUGGAAGCCCACCCUCGUCAUCCUCAGGAUCAACCGCGCCGCCCGCUGCGUGAAGUGGUCGCCGAAGGAGAACAAGUUCGCCGUGGGCAGCGGCUCCCGCCUCAUCUCCAUCUGCUACUUCGAGCAGGAGAACGACUGGUGGGUGUGUAAGCACAUCAAGAAGCCCAUACGCUCCACCAUCCUCAGCCUGGACUGGCAUCCUAACAACAUCCUGCUGGCAGCCGGAUCCUGUGACUUCAAGUGCAGAGUGUUUUCAGCCUACAUCAAGGAAGUGGAGGAAAAGCCUGGACCGACCCCCUGGGGGAACAAGAUGCCGUUUGGGGAGAUGCUGUUUGAGUCCGGGGGCUCCGGAGCGGCGAGCGAGGCCUCGGCGGGGGGCGGCGGCUGGGUGCACAGCGUGUGCUUCUCCCACUCCGGCAACCGCCUGGCCUGGACCUCCCACGACUCCACCGUGUCCGUGGCCGAGGGAGGAAAGGCCAGCACGGUGAGCAGCCUCAGCUCGGAGACGCUGCCCCUGCUGUGCGUCACCUUCAUUACAGAGAACAGCCUCGUGGCAGCUGGCCACGACUGUUUCCCGGUGCUGUUCGUGUUCGACGGGGCCAAAGGCAGCUUGAAGUACGGUGGCAAACUGGACAUUCCCAAGCAGGCGGCCCAGAAGGGCAUCAGCGCCAGGGAGCGCUUCCAGAACCUGGACCGUCGGGCCUCGGAGAGCCAGAACACCGACAAGGACCUGAACACCCUGCACAAGAACAGCAUCAGCCAAAUCUCAGUGCUGGAGGGAGGAAGGAACCAGUGCACCAAGUUCUGCACCACCGGCAUGGACGGAGGAAUGGGCAUCUGGGAUGUCAAGACUUUGGAGUCAGCAAUGAAAGAUUUGAAGAUUGUGUGAGCUGCAGUUCACAGCUGGUCCAACGUUCAGUAGCACCGCUGCCUUGUUACCCAAAGCUUCUUGGCCUUAUUGUAAUCAGGUAUUAUUUUCAUAUGCAAGUGAAACAGUGUUUGUAACUCUUCAGAACAGCUCCAUAAAUGGUACUUUCAGAGUUAGAUUAGUGGAAUUACAGAGGGCUCAGUCUGAGCUGAUGGUUCAAAGCUGGAAUUUUAUAUCAAAGCUGGAAAACGUGUUGAAAGCUUAUGCUGGUCAUAAUACUCCUUUAAUAAACGAUGCUGUUACAGGA